GUCUGAGAUGCUCCUGCAGCACCAGUCCAACCCGUGCCUGGUCAACAAGGCCAAGAAGACACAGCUCGACCUCGCCUGCGAAUUCGACCGCGUCAAGGUGGCCCAGCUGCUUUUGAGUAGCAACAUGGUGGCGGCGCUUUUGGAGGGCGAACGCAAGGAGCCCAGCGACUCGGCCUUCACCGCGCCACUGCACCUCGCCGCUCGCAACGGCCACAAGGACGUCAUUGGGCUGCUGCUGAAGGCGGGCAUCGACAUCAACGCCACCACCAAGUCAGUCACCGCCCUGCACGAGACCGCCCUCUACGGCAAGACCGAGGUGGUGCGGCUGCUGCUAGAUGCGGCCUGA